CUUGUCAUUCAUGGGAAACAUGUCCACAGCUGAGGCCUGGAACAGCUCGUCUGUGACCACAUUCAUCUUCCUGGGAUUUGCGGACCAUCCAGAGCUCCAGGUCCUCCUCUUUGCCACCUUCCUGGGCAUCUAUCUUGUGACCCUGGUCUGGAACCUGGCCCUCAUCUUUCUGAUCAGAAGUGACAGCCGUCUACACACACCCAUGUAUUUCUUUCUCAGCAACUUGUCUUUCGUUGACAUCUGCUACUCCUCUGCAGUGGCUCCCAAGAUGCUCGCUGACUUUUUCCAAGAGCAGAAGACCAUAUCCUUCUUGGGCUGUGCUGCUCAGUUUUUUUUCUUCGUCGGCAUGGGUCUAACGGAGUGCUUCGUCCUGACCGCCAUGGCGUACGACCGAUACGCAGCCAUCUCCAGCCCCCUGCUCUACCCUGCCAUCAUGUCCCAGGGCCUCUGUGCACGCAUGGUGGUUGGGGCAUACAUCGGGGGCUUCCUGAGCUCCCUGAUCCAGGCCAGCUCUAUAUUUCGGCUCCACUUCUGUGGACCCAACAUCAUCAACCAUUUCUUCUGUGACCUCCCACCAGUCCUGGCACUCUCUUGCUCUGACACCUUCCUCAGUCAACUGGUGAAUUUCCUCGUGGUGGUCACCGCUGGGGGGACAUCAUUCCUCCUCCUCCUCCUCUCCUACAGUUACAUAGUGGCUGCUGUCUUGAAGAUUCGCUCAGCAGAAGGCCGAAGGAAAGCCUUCAGCACGUGCACCUCACACCUGAUGGUGGUGACUCUGCUGUUUGGGACAGCCCUGUUCAUGUACCUGCGGCCCAGCUCCAGCUACUCGCUCGCCAGGGACAAGGUGGUGUCUGUGUUCUAUUCGCUGGUGAUCCCCAUGCUGAACCCUCUCAUCUACAGUUUGAGGAACAAAGAGAUCAAAGAUGCCUUGUGGAAGGUGUUGGAAAAGAAGAAAGUGUUUUCCUAGCUCAUGAUGAUUGAAAGCAUAUUUCUGCAAACUACUGGAGAUGUAAAUCAUCUUUAGCACCUACCUCCACCUCUGG